AUGAUCUCAUGGGCUGACAACAUAGAAAAGCCGUAUGUCACGGGCUGUCUGGAAUGGCCCGUCCAUCUACCCCAAGUAGGUGCUGGUAACAGAUGGACCGAAGUAGCAAGUGAAAGAUCAGUCAGUCACUCUUCCCAGAAGAGAUCGUGUUUCCAGAAACAGCUUCUUGGGAAGCAGAUCGGCCUUGGCAAAACCUUGAUGAGCAUCGUGUUUUAUCUUUCUCACUUGAAGGACCAAGGUGCCAAUCUUCAUGCUUCUCUCAGCCUUUCAAGAAAGUGCAUGUCAGGAAUCUAUGAGACUGUCCUUAACAGAAAGAGACAGAAAAACACACUUCUGUCUCUUCAACGUGAAGACAGCCGUCCAUCUGAGUGGGGUGACUUCUGCUGUCGUCCCCUUUCUGCUCCAGUUUUGGUUUCAUGUGUUUGA